CGGGACAGAGGCGGGCGGCGGGCCGGGGGUGGCGGUGCCGCUCUGCCCGGAGCCCGCGGGUCCCGGGCGGUGUCGGCAGCCCCGGGCGGCCCUGCAGCAGCCCGGCCAUGCCGCCCGGCCGUGCGGGCGGUAAGGCGGCCGUGGUGCUGCAGUGCGAGUGGCAGCAGUGCUCCUUCGUGGCCUCGGAGAUGGAGGAGUUCUGCUCGCAUGUGGCGCAGCACCUGCAGCAGCACCUGUCUGGCUCUGGCGAGCAGCACGCCGAGCUGGACCCUCUGGAGGAGUACACGUGCCUGUGGCAGGACUGUGGCUUCUGCUCCCUGGCGAGCCCGGCCGAGCUGGUGCGCCACGUCUACUUCCACUGCUACCACACCAAGCUGAAGCAGUGGGGGCUGAGGGCCCUGCAGAGCCAGGCAGAGCUCAGCCCCUGCCAGCUGGACUUCCAGAGCCACAACAUCAUCCCUGAGAUCCAGGAGAGCUUCCUGUGCCUCUGGGAGUACUGCGAGAGGUCGUUUGACAACCCCGAGUGGUUCUUCCGGCACGUGGAGGAUCACAGCUUCUGCUCCGAGUACAAGGCAGCAGGGAAGGAGAACCACGUGCUGCUCUGUGGCUGGAAAGACUGCAACUGCAGCUUCAAGGGCCGCUGCAAGCUGCGGGAGCACCUGCGCAGCCACACGCAGGAGAAGGUGGUGGCCUGUCCCACCUGUGGGGGGAUGUUUGCCAACAACACCAAGUUCUUCGACCACAUCCGCCGCCAGACCGCCCUGGAGCAGCAGAGGUUUCAGUGCUCCCACUGCUCCAAGAGGUUCGCCACCGAGAGGCUGCUCCGCGACCACAUGAGGAACCACGUGAACCACUACAAGUGCCCCCUGUGUGACAUGACCUGCCCGGUGCCCUCCUCGCUGCGCAGCCACAUCCGCUUCCGGCACAGCGAGGAGCGCCCCUUCAAGUGUGACUACUGUGACUACAGCUGCAAGAACCUCAUUGACCUGCGGAAGCACCUGGAGACACACAGCGAGGUGCCGGCGUAUCGCUGCGAGUUUGAGACCUGCAGCUUCUCUGCACGCUCCCUGUCCUCCAUCAAACUGCACUACAGGAAGGUCCACGAGGGUGACUCCGAGCCCCGGUACAAGUGCCACGUGUGUGACAAGUGCUUCACACGGGGCAACAACCUCACUGUGCACCUCAGGAAGAAGCACCAGUUCAAAUGGCCCUCAGGACAUCCUCGCUUCAGGUACAGGGAGCACGAGGACGGCUACAUGAGGCUGCAGCUGGUGCGCUACGAGAGCGUGGAGCUCACAGAGCAGCUGCUCAAGGACAGGGAGAAGUGUGGGGAGGCUCUGGAUGGCUCCAGCGAGUGCGUGGUGCUGCCUGAGGGCGAGGGCAGCCUGCAGGGCAUCCUUCUGGAGCCCCCAGCAGAGAACAGCACAUCAGAGCUCCCUGUGCUGCCAGCCCUGUGCUCUGCUCCCAGCCCUGAGCCAGCACGACCCAGCCCCUUCCCAGGAGCUGCCUCCUCCUCACAGCAAGGAGCCAGCAGCAGCAGCAGCAGCGGCCCCAUCAUCCGUGUGGUGAGCAGGACCAACGAGCAGGGCCAGAGUGAGACUGUCUAUUACGUGCUGGCCAGCUCAGCCUCAGAGCAGCAGGGCACAGCAGCCCCAGCUCUGGAGCUGGAGGAGAACGUCAUGGACAGGCUGCAGAAAACAGCUGAGGAGCUGGGCAUCCAGAUCCUGUGAGGGGCUGCUGGGCAUCCAGGUCCUGUGAGGGGCUGCCCCUCUGCAGCAGGAGAGCUUCAGCCUCCUGGGGAUCUGCUGCUGGAGGAGUGCUUGGGGAGAGGCUGGGCCUGUCUUCAGCCCAGCCUGGCUGGCUGCUGGUUCUGGUCAGUGUGGGGAGAGGGGAGGGACAGAUCCCCCAGGUGUGAAUUAAGUGAUCUGAGUUGGAAGGAGCUGUCUGCCCCCUCCUUUUGGGGCCUGGGGCCUGUCAAGCUUCUCCCACCCUUCUGGGAGGUCUGGCCUAGGCCUGGCAGGGUGGAAUGGUCACCAGCUGUGCCCUUCUGAGCCUGUUGCCCAGGCAGGAUGGUGUGUGGAGCACACUCUGGUGCUGAAGCCUGUUCCCUGGGACAUGUGUGGCCCUUGGCAUUCCUGUCCUGCCCCAUCCAUGCCUUCUCCAGGGGGCAUCAUGCCUUCAUCAGCACUUCUGCACACAUUUCCUGUCUCACCUGCUGCUGCUGGUGGUGUGUGCCUCGCUGAUCCCAUAACCAGCGCUGCUCUCUGGGAGGACAGUGCUGCAGCUGCUGUCCCCUGCAGGCCAGUGCAGCACUGGGACAGUGGGAGCUUCUUGCUGCUUUUGGCAUCCCCUGGGUGUCCUCCCCACAUUGGGGUUUGGGCUCCUGGUUGGGCAGAGUGUACUUUGGCAAGACAAAUAAACCUCAGGCUGCCAGGC